CUCCAAAUUUCCUUUAAAUUUAACAAGCCAUUUCUUUGGUAGAUACUCACUUCUCAUUAAACAUUUGACCUUUUUAUCAAGUUCACAUGGCCAUUGGCGAAUCAUGUUCACAGGCAAGUCUUCCCCAAGGGGAUUUGAGAUCAACAUCUGAGGCACCACCAGCUCACUACAUUCUUAACAUUCAGCAAUUUUCUUCACUAACAAAACAUAAUGUUGAAAGAUAUGAAUCAAAUGAAUUUGAAGCUGGAGGCUAUAAAUGGAAGUUGGUGAUUCACCCAAAUGGCAACAAGAGUAAAAAAGUUGGAGAAUUCAUGUCAGUAUACCUAGCCAUGGCGGACACGACCUCACUCGCACCCGGUUGGGAGGUUUAUGGUGCUUUCAAGAUAUUUCUACUUGAUCAGAACAAUGAUACUUACUUAAAACUUGAAGAUGAAAGGAUUAACGGAAGACGAUUUCAUCGGUUGAGAACUGAAUGGGGCUUUGAUCAAUUCAUCAGUCUUGAAGAAUUUGGUGACUCUAACACAGGGCCGGCCCGUCAGUGUAUCAAACCUAGGCUACCGCUUUGGGCCUCCAAAAGUUUAGGGCCUCUAUUUGAAAAAUAUUAUGUUUAUAUAUUAUGUAUAAUAACAUUAAGUUUGAUUAGCUUGUUUAAUCUGAUCCCUGUAGUGUGGUGGUAAUCAUUCCGUGCUUGUCAAAGCCCAGAUUCAGCUGCGUGUUUGGAGCCGAGGUGUAUGUCCACAAAGAGCGAAGCAAAGGCAAAACCGAGUCGUUGUCAAUGGUAAAGGAUGCAGUUAUUUACAAGCGCACAUGGAGAAUCAGCAACUACACGAAAGUAAUUGCAGACUGUGAAAGUUCCAAUGUAUUCAACAUCGGGGAUCACAAAUGGAAGUUGCAGCUAUAUCCUAACGGGAAAGGUGGUAUUGGUGGCUAUAUAUCGCUAAAACUCGCUCUGGCUGAACCUGAAAAGCUUCCAUCUGGAACUAAGAUACUCGCAGAAUUUACUCUUCGUAUGGUGGAUCAGCUGGAUUCAAGGCAUUACUCUGGCAAAGCUAGCUACUGGUUUAGCGCUUCAAAUCCGGAAUGGGGUUGGCAAAGAUUCAUAACACAUGGCACGUUCUUUCAGACAAAUAGAGGGUUGUUGUUAAAAGAUGUUUGUUGUAUAGAGGCAGAGGUUGCCAUCCAUGGAGAGGUAACCGUCUUUGGAUAAGUUUAUUCAUAUAGAACAUUUGAUAUGUCAUUGUCAAAUUUAACAAUAAGGAACUGUAGCUAA